GACUUGUUCCAGAUUCCCCACUUCAAAACCCCCACUCUCUUCUAUUUCACCAUUCUUCUCUCAAAUCCUUCUUCCAUCUCUCUCUCUCUCUCUCUCUCAAUUUUCCUCUUCCUUCCAUCCUCUUUCUGCAACCAUGGAUGAAGAAUACGACGUCAUCGUUCUCGGUACCGGCCUUAAGGAAUGCAUUCUCAGCGGCCUUCUUUCCGUCGAUGGCCUCAAAGUACUUCAUAUGGAUAGAAAUGAUUAUUAUGGAGGAGCAUCAACCUCUCUUAAUCUCAUACAGCUCUGGAAGCGCUUCAGGGGGAAUGAUAAGCCUCCAGAACAGUUGGGCUUGAGCAAAGAGUACAAUGUUGAUAUGAUACCCAAGUUCAUGAUGGCCAACGGAGGUUUGGUACGAGUGCUCAUCCACACAGACGUUACCAAAUACCUACACUUCAAGGCUGUUGAUGGUAGUUUUGUGUACAACAAGGGAAAGAUUUACAAAGUUCCAGCUACUGAUGUUGAAGCUCUGAAGUCACCACUGAUGGGACUUUUUGAGAAACGUCGUGCUCGAAAGUUCUUCAUUUAUGUCCAAGAUUAUGAAGAGAGUGAUCCAAAAUCUCACGAAGGAUUAGAUUUAAGCAAAGUUACAGCUAGAGAACUCAUCACGAAGUAUGGGCUAGAAGAUGAUACAAUUGACUUUAUUGGGCAUGCUUUGGCACUACAUUUUGACGAUAGUUAUUUGGAUGGGCCAGCAUCGGAUUUUGUGAAAAGAAUGAAACUUUACGCAGAAUCUUUGGCACGGUUCCAAGGAGGAUCUCCCUAUAUCUAUCCACUCUACGGACUUGGAGAGUUACCUCAGGCAUUUGCCCGUUUAAGUGCCGUUUAUGGUGGAACUUACAUGCUUAACAAACCAGAAUGCAAGGUCGAGUUUGAUAGCGAUGGGAAAGCUUACGGUGUGACUUCCGAAGGGGAAACUGCUAAAUGCAAAAAAGUUGUUUGUGAUCCAUCGUAUCUGCCAGACAAGGUUAAAAAGGUUGGAAAAGUAGCUCGUGCAGUUUGUAUAAUGAGUCAUCCAAUCCCAGACACCAAUGAUUCUCAUUCAGCUCAAGUUAUCCUGCCCCAAAAGCAACUUGGCCGUAAAUCAGACAUGUACCUCUUCUGUUGUUCAUAUGCACACAACGUUGCUCCAAAAGGAAAAUUCAUUGCUUUCGUUUCGACAGAAGCAGAGACCGAUAAUCCUGAGGUUGAAUUGAAGCCGGGGAUUGACCUCCUUGGGCCUGUUGAUGAGAUAUUCUAUGAAACUUAUGACAGAUAUGUUCCCACAAAUAAUCAUGAAGCAGAUAAUUGCUUCAUAUCUACGAGUUACGAUGGAAGUACCCAUUUUGAGUCUACAGUAACAGAUGUGCUUGCCAUGUACAGCAAGAUCACUGGAAAGGCCCUUGAUCUUUCUGUGGAUCUCAGUGCUGCAAGUGCUGCUGCUGAAGAAUAAGAUCAUUAUUGUGCCAAUUCUUAAGAGAAAAAAGAAAUAUUUUUGUUUGUUUGAUUUCUUUCUAAUUUAUUGUUUUUUUUUUUCUUAAUUUUUUCUACAAGCCACUUUCUGCAUCCCAAGUGUGUUGCUCAUUUUAAUCUAAUGGAUUCCAAAUAUCUUCAGAUGUC